AUGUCUUCAGUUCCUCCUGGCGAUAUCAACACUCAGCCGAAUUCGAAGAUCGUCUUCAACGCUCCGUACGACGACAAGCACACCUACCACAUCAAGAUCAUCAACGCCUCUGGCCGACGUAUCGGAUGGGCCAUCAAGACCACCAACAUGAGGAGGCUUGGUGUCGACCCUGCCUGCGGAGUGUUGGACCCUAAGGAAGCCACUCUUAUGGCUGUCUCCUGUGAUGUGUUCGACUAUGGACGUGAGGACACCAACAACGAUCGAAUCACCGUCGAAUGGUGCAACACACCUGAAGGAGCCGCUAAGCAGUUCCGACGAGAAUGGUUCCAGGGAGAUGGUAUGGUCCGCAGGAAGAACCUUCCCAUCGAAUACAAUCCUUGA